GUGUCUGAAAAAUAGCAUGAACCCAACAAAUGCCUGUCAAAUGAAUGAAUGUGUGUUUCACAUUUUGGAAGUGGACUGUUGACCAUCCAUGACCUCCCACCGGUGUCUUAAGCAUAUGUUUUCUGUGAUAUUUGUGCUUGUCUUGUCCAAUGUCACCUCAUGUUCCCACCCUAAGUGACAGCCCUAUUGUGAAUAGAUGUGAAUGGUCGGUUUUUCAGGUGCUAUUUCUGGUGGCACUGGCCAUCUUUGGGACACAAUCUCAUGGAUAUGAGGUUUAUAACAUCAUCAGCCCAACUGACAAUGAUGGCCCUAUUCAGGAGACAAUGACAAUUGACAAUGAAAAAAAUACCGCCGUGAUUAACAUCCAUGCAGGAUCAUGCUCCUCUACCACGAUUUUUGACUAUAAACAUGGCUACAUCGCCUCCAGGGUGCUCUCCCGAAGAGCCUGCUACAUCUUGAAGAUGAACCAUAAGGCCAUCCCUGCUCUGGACCAACUCCAACGGUACAUCUUUGAGGGGCAGGCUUUGAACAACAUGUUCUCCGACAAAUACAUCUGGGUCAAGUAUAACCCACUGCAGUCUCUGAUCACAGAUGUGGAUUGGUUCCUGUUUGGAUCACCCAUCAGGCAGCUCUGCGAACAUAUCCCCUUGUACAAAGGGGAAGUGGCUGAAAAGACACAUGAUACUUGUGCUGAAGGCUGUGCAAAGGCUGGGCUCCUGGGCAUCUGGGGAAUUUCCAUCUGUGCAGACCUUCACAUUUAAGGCAUCAGCCCACUGGUUUCAUCUUUUCAGAGAAAUACACGUUUCCACUCA